UUUCAUUCUAAUCUCUUUUUAACAAUUGAAAGCUAACCAUUACCAUGGCAAGCACAUGCAAUGCUUGUUCCCAGGACUGUUAGCGCUCGAAAGACCAAUGACCAUGCAGGAGCCAGACUACCGUCUUUGGCCGAAGCUAAUGCCCUUCUUACGCUUCAAAGACAGCAUAAGGAACAGCAACAACAACAGUUAAAGGAAGCGGUCAAUUCAAUUCAAUACAACGACGAUCAUGGUCACACUGAUGACGGUUACAUAUCUCCAAGGGGCGUUGUUGAAACAUCAAGUUUUUUCGAUGGAGCUGUAGCCAUGGUAUCCCAUACAUUAAGUCAGAGGCCGCCCCAAGACAUCAAACUUGCAAGUUUUAUCUGUGGUUGCGAUGGAGAACUCACUUCCAAUACAACCCAGCAUUUCGUUUGUAGCUUGAAAUGUAGGCAAAAUUCCGCACAUGAGCCACCAGGCAUGAUAUCACCGAUUUUUGAACCUCACAUGAGGCCACAAUUACAGAUAAAUGAAAAUGCGAUAUUUCACUCGGAAGUUCCUCAUCUACGGUCGUAUUCCAGUAGCCGGAUAGUAGCCAGCAUUACAGGAUAUAGAGAUUCACCGAGAACUGAGUCCCUAUCCACCAAGGAGGUUAAAGCACUUCGUGAGAGUCUGCACAUUCAUGUGCAAGGAAAACAUGCCCCAAAACCGAUCCAAUGUUUUGAAGACUGCUCACUUCCUACCAAAUUAUUAUCAAAUUUGGUCGACAAUGGAUUUACGCAACCGAGGGACGUUCAAAUGCAGGCCAUUCCGGCAGGACUUUAUGGUCGCGACAUGAUUAUUUCUGCAGAGACGGGAUCUGGAAAAACUGCUGCUUUUCUUAUCCCUAUUAUUACCCAUGUAUAUGGGCUUGCCCAGCUUCCAGGAGAUGGGAUGAUAGGGCCAUAUGCGUUGAUUAUUGCUCCUACUCGAGAGCUGGCGAUGCAAAUUGAGGAUGUCACGAAGAAGAUGGUGAGAGUAGCUACACCGGGGCGGAUACUGGAUAUUCUGACGAAGCAAAGCGAAGUAUCAUUCUCCAACGUAUUUUGUCUUGUAUUGGAUGAGGUCGAUCUCAUGUUCAGUAUGGGCUUCCGAAAGCAAAUGAAGAAGAUCCUAGAUAUCCUUCCCGAACCGCCAAACGGCCGACAAUCCAUCGUCUGUUCAGCUACGAUCACAAAGCAAGUAGAGCAACUCAUUGGCACAUUAAUGAACAGCGAUCAUCUCAGGAUUCGGGUUGGCGCCAUAAAAGAGCAAGCAUCUAUAAAAGAGACUUCAAAUCCCAAAUUCGCGGACGUGUUUUCGCCGGCUUCAAAGAUCAAACAAACCGUUAUAUGGAUCGAAAACGGAUCAAAAAAGAAACAGCUGCUUUCGCUCCUCAAGGAUGCCAAAUACUUUCGUCCGCCAGUUUUAGUGUUUGUCGAAUCAAGAAUAGGAGCAGAACUUCUAGCCCAUGUUAUUCGAGUCAAAUGUCCUGGAAUCACCACCGUCGCUAUGCAUGGUGACAAGUCUCCGGAAGAACGCAUAGGGGCCCUCAAAUUGAUUACAGAUGGGGCUAUCGAAGUGAUUGUAGCAACAGGAUUGCUAGCUCGAGGAUUAGAUCUCAAAGUGGCGACCGUUAUUAACUUUGAUAUGGCGCCAUCCCUUCAAGAAUAUGUCCACCGUGUCGGAAGAGCAAACCCGGAGGCUGCAAGGAAGGCUGCUGUAGGUAUCAAAAAUGGCCCCAGACUAAGAGGGAUGGCGUGGGCGAUUACAUUUAUCAACAGCGAUCACCAGUAUAUUCUCGCCGAGUUUGCCAACAUGCUCCACAAACUUGAGUUUGACCAGGUGACCCCGCUUCCGCCUGAACUUAAGCGAUUAGUAGUUUCUCAUGUUAAGCAUCAGGCAUCUACAACGCAAACACAGAGUAUUCACGAAAACAAGAAUCCUAUGAAGCGGGAAGCUGAUGAUUCGUCCCAAGCCCGACAACAAAGCCAUAGUCUUAGUCAACGUGGCAAAAAGAAAAAGAAUAAAUAAUGAC